CUCUGGGCGCUGCUCACCCUCUUCACCGUCUCCACCGGCGAGGGGUGGCCGCAGGUCCUCAAGCACUCGGUGGACGCGACGUACGAGAACCAGGGCCCGAGCCCCGGGUACCGCAUGGAGAUGUCCAUCUUCUACGUCGUCUACUUCGUCGUCUUCCCCUUCUUCUUCGUCAACAUCUUCGUGGCCUUGAUCAUCAUCACCUUCCAGGAGCAAGGGGACAAGAUGAUGGAGGAGUACAGCCUGGAGAAGAACGAGAGGGCCUGCAUCGACUUUGCCAUCAGUGCCAAGCCGCUGACCCGGCACAUGCCCCAGAACCGCCAGAGCUUCCAGUACCGCAUGUGGCAGUUCGUGGUGUCCCCCCCCUUCGAGUACACCAUCAUGGCCAUGAUCGCCCUCAACACCAUCGUCCUCAUGAUGAAG